AUGAACCAAUACCGGUGUGCGCGGAUCGCCGUGGAUCUGAUUCUCUCCAAAUUGCCGGAAACAAUGCAGAGGGACAAUGAUAUCCAAACAAUCACCUCUAAUCUUAGGCAUAGUGUGACAUGGCUCUUUCGCCCGCGGGGGAGUGUUUUCGACCGAAUGUCCAGUCUAGUCUUAACUAUCCCCUGGUUUAUGUUCGUGUUAGCUGCCUCGGCUGCUUCAUCAAGCGAGACCCAGGGAUGGGUGAAAGAUAUUCUUUGCAUGAUUAGGGAGAAGACGAGUAUUGGGCAAAGUUCGGUGGUACUAAACUUACUCGAUAGUGAUAACCAUACGCUGCUCCGCCCUCGUAUAUUUCAACUUCCCACGGAACAAUCGUACCUCGUUCAAAGAAUAGAGACCGAGACCUCUACUACACAACCUAUGGAGAAUACAGGGGGAGAGGCUGCAUCCCAAGACAACCCCAAGAAGCGGAAAGCGUGGCCACCGCAAGACGUUACGUUGCUCAAGGAAUUGCGUACAGCUGGGAAGACCUGGGAUGAAAUCAGUGCAAAAUUUGGUGGGAAGCGGUCCGCUGCGGCUUGUCGAUUAUACUAUCAACGCCGCCGCGGCUUAAUCGGAAAGCAUCCGUGGAAACCAGCAGAAGAUACAUUGCUAUAUAAAUCAGUCACACAAGGGAAGUCCUGGGAUCGCGUUAGUGAAGCAUUUGGUGGGAAGCGGACCCGUGCUGGCUGUCAGCGACGCUGGUCGCGCUUGCAACAACUCAGCAAGUUAGACAAGGAUGGCUUCCCCGAAAUGCCGCUGGGAGGCAGUCUCUAG